ACAUCCAAUCUUUCCUCUCUCCCACAGCGUGUUUACAAAACUCAAAACCCAUUUCAUCUCGUUCCCUCUCAAGAAAAUCGAAGAACCUGAGCGGAGUCUUCUUCGAAAAUGGCGGAUAGGGAAGAAGAAACCCCAGAUCAAACCGAGAUGAAAAUCCCCGUCUUCACCGUCCUCAAGAACGGCGCAAUUCUCAAGAACAUCUUCAUAGUCAACAAUGUUGGAGAUCGAGUGAACGAGGAGGUAAUAACACUCGGACGACACCCAGAUUGCAACAUAAUGCUCACACAUCCAAGCAUUAGCAGAUUCCAUCUCCAAAUCCAUUCAAACCUCUCUUCGCAGAAGCUUUGUGUUGUAGAUUUAUCGUCAGUGCACGGAACAUGCAUUUCAGGGAAGAGGAUUGAAACAGGGGAUAGAGUUGAGAUGAGGGAAGGAGAUACUCUCAGGGUUGGUGGUUCGAGCAGAGUUUAUAGGCUUCAUUGGGUUCCUUUGAGCUGCGCUUAUGAUUUUGAAGGUCCUAAAGAAAAGAAGGAACAUGAAGUAGCAAUUGUAGAAGAGAAGGCUGUGCAGGAUUGCGAGAAGGAGAUUUCAUUGUUGGAUGAAACUAAAGAAACUGUGGUGGAUUCAGUUUUUGGUAGUAUUGAGCCACUAUAUUCUGAUGAGAAUUGGAACAUGGAGAUGAUGAAAGAGGCUCCUUUAGCACCUCCAUUGAGUGAAGUUGAGGAGGCUGUGUCUUCUGUUGACCAUGUCAAAUGUGCGAGUGACCUGAGAACUGAAUGUGAACAAGUGGAAACUAGUUUGUUAAGCAUACCUUUUGGAAAUGAAAUGAAUGGUUUGGAAAUGACUUUUCAACCCCCUUCUCUGUCUCUUUCAGCAGAGAAUUUUCCUUUCAAUGUUGAAAACAUUAUCAUGUCGUCAUUCUUUGGGAGUGACAGCCAGAGUUCCUCGAGUAGUACGAACGAUACUAGUAGUAUCUGGAACAUACCAUUGGAGAAUAUAUCAAGUUCUCAGUAUGGAAAGCAACAGUGUCAGACUAAAAUUGAGAGCCCUCAACAACCUUCUCUGCCUCUUUCAGCUGAGAAUCUGUCUUUCAAUGUUGAAAACAUUAUCAUGUCUUCAUUCUUUGACGGUGAAAGCAAGAAUUCAUCUUGUAAUAUGUUUGAAUGGAAGGAAACUGGUAAUAUCUUGACCAUACCAUUGGAAAAUAACUCAAACAUUUUAUCUGUGGUUGAUGAUAUUGAAGCUACUCCAGAGUAUGAAUAUCAACUAUUAGUUGAUGAAAACAAGAGCCUGCGACUGCAUUCCAUGUCUCUUUACAAAGAGAAUUCUUCUGAUGUUCAAGACACUGCCAUGACUGCGUUCAGUGAUGUUGAAUGGGGGAGUCCAUCUAGAAAUAAGUUUGAACAGAAGGAAAUCAGUAACAUCAUGACCAUGCCUCUUGGACAUGAAUUAAGCCAUGUGACUGUGGUUGAUAAUGAGAAGCCUAUUUCUGAUAAUGAAAGUCGUCAAUUUGUUGCAGAGAGGAAUUUGUCUUCGAAUUUCGCAGAUGUUGAUGAAACCCAAGAUCUACCAGUCCAUGAAGUAAAAUCAUCAAGUACACAACCUCUACUUGCUUUGCAAUCAGAAACAGUCACAGAAAAGAAUGAGUUCAUAGCGGAACAUGAGUUGCAUCCUCUACAGGACAAUCAUUCUUCAAUUAGCAAAGAAAAAGGGAUUCAGGAAAUUGAAAUGCAUACCAAAAUCCAAGCAGAAGACGGAGAAGGUUAUGUCGAUAAAGGAAAUGGAGAAUUGUAUCAUCAGAUAACAGAGUGUUUACUGGAUUGCCUAUCAGAAUACAAAAAUGACAGUUCUGUGAAGGCCACAUUUGAGAUAACAACAAACUCACUAAUGAAACAGAACGUUGAAUGUUGCAUUGAAGAAACAUAUAAUGCAAGACUCAAAACACUCGAACCGAGCAAAAGCAGCAUGGCAUGGGGAGAUUAUGAACACAAAGAACUCUCAGAGCCCAGUUUUAUAUCUUGUGCAUUGGAAUAUGUUUACUCAUCUCUUCCAGGUGAGGAAGUUCCCCCGGAGAUUGCAGUUGAGAAAGAAUGCCAGACACCACAUGGGAACUCAGACGUGACCUUGCCCAUAAGAUCGGAGAGUGCAUCAGCCAUGGGGGGAAAUAUUUGGUUAAGAAGAGGUAAACCAACUAGUUUUCCUCGAAUCGAGACAGGCCUGAUUCGAACAAAUCGAGCAGGGACAUCGUUAAUGGAUGAAAUUAACCAUGAGAUAGCAGGAGAUAAAUCAGUAACAAAUACUCUUUCUCAUUUGGGUGAGGAGGAGGAAGAAGAAAUGUUUACUCCAGACAAGGAGAAUUUCACACCAAACACACUUUUGAUGAAAUCGUUGAAAAAGAAGGCUAGCAUAGAAGACAGUGGGAAUUGCUUCAGGUCAUCCAAGUCCCAAACAUCAAUUUUCAAGUCUAGACAUAAAGUCAAACUAGAAGAAGAGCUAAGUGAAGAAUCAGACAAGGAGAACCAAACUCCCAGAGUUCUCCAAGAACAAAAACUGUCAAAACAAAUCUCUAAGAAUAGGAGGUUCGGACAGGAAAAAACAAUGACAAAGAAAGGAGGAGUAGAACGCACUCCGUUUCAAUCUUUGCAGUCAAACAUUGCCGGAAAGAAGAGACUGGAGGCUACUGUAGUUAAGAAGUCUGCCAGAAAGAGUAAUAUAUAUGUUUGCACAGGGGCAAUGAAGAAUAAAUUCACUGUGGAAGGAAAGAAGCGUUGGACUAUGGUUGUGGACACCAAUUCUCUUCUGAACAAGGAAUCGAUGAAGUCACUACAGCUUUUAGAAGGUCUGCAAGGGACACAUUUGAUCAUUCCACGAAUCGUCAUAAAGGAGCUAGAUUCGUUGAAGAGACACGCCAGCCUCUUUCGAAAAACGACAGAGGCAGCUUCAGUUCUUCAAUGGAUCGAAGAUUGUAUGGUGCAAACAAGGUGGUGGAUUCAUGUUCAGAGUUUGGAAGAAGGUGUGCCUCCUGUGACGCCUCCUGCUACUCCUCAGUCUCCAUAUACUGAGGGGAGCAGUCAAAGUUUGUUCUGGAGAACAACAAGCUCAAUCCAAUCCACAACGCAGAGAGUCAUGGAAGCUCCUUCACCAACUCCAGAAGGCCAUAUCCUUGACUGUGCACUUCACUUUAGGAGGAGGGGAGUGAAUCAUGGACAACUUGUUCUUAUAAGCGACGAUGUGACCCUGAAAAUAAAAGCUAUGGCGGAGGGACUAAUUUGUGAAACAGCCAAAGAGUUCAGGGAGAGCCUAGUGAAUCCAUUUUCAGAGAGGUUCUUGUGGGCUGACAGUUCUCCAAGGGGCCUUACAUGGUCUUGCCCUGAUGAUAUUGUGUUGAGGGAACGAUACGAUCGAUGCUCGUUGAGGUCGUCGAAAGGAGCAGAGGGAGCUAAGGGUCUGAAGCUCAUUUUGCUUCACAACUCCCAUUAUGGAAUGUUCAGAUAAAGAGAUUUCUGUUUUCUUGUAAUACCAUGUUCUGUUUGGUUCAUUUUGGGCUUUGUGGGUUAUUUCAACAAUGAGGAGCCAUUUUGCAGAUUCUAGCAAAUCGGUGUUUGUUAGGACAAUUGGAGUGAUUUUUAACCGUUAAA